UGGAUAAGAAUGGUGGCGAGCUCAGUGUGCACUCUGAUUAUUUUUGAACUUUCUCGGCUCCCGUACGGCCCAUAUACAGCAGAGGCUUCUCUAGCUAUGGCCUUCCUAUGAAAUCUUUCCACACAAUGCUAGCCACCGUUGCGGCCGCUGCACUCCUUUUCCUCCUGCUCCUGCUCUUCAUCGUGCGGUUCUUCCCACGGAAGGAGACACAGGUCGCACGAAAGAGCACCGUCAAACUCCUCGCGGUGGCCGGAUCCGGAGGACACACUACAGAAAUCUUGAGAUUACUCGGUAGCCUCUCCCAGGCAUAUUGUCCAAGACAUUAUAUUUUGGCUGAUUCAGAUAAAAUGAGUGAAGACAAAAUCCGUUCUUUUGAACAAAAAAGAGCAGAAAUGUUCUCAGAUUCUUUGUUCACCCUUCAUCGCAUUCCUAGAAGUCGGGAAGUUCGUCAGUCCUGGAGCUCUUCAGUACUAACAACUAUACAUUCCAUGUUUUAUGCGCUUCCUUUGGCCUUCAGACUCAAGCCAGAUUUGGUGCUGUGCAAUGGCCCAGGAACCUGUGUCCCCAUAUGUGUAUCUGCCCUUCUACUCAAGAUGCUGGGACUGAAGAAAGUAACGAUUGUCUAUAUUGAGAGCAUCUGUCGGGUGGAAAAUUUGUCCCUCUCUGGAAAGAUUCUUUACUACUUUUCAGAUUACUUCUUCGUGCAGUGGCCUACACUGAAAGAAAAAUACCCCAAGGCGCUCUAUCUUGGGCGGAUAGUGUGAGAGAAAAGGACAAAGUCAACUGGCAGCAAUACCACAUCCAAAUGUUUGAGCUCUUUGAAAUUUCUUUCUGACACUUUUUGGUCCAUACUUUGAUGCAGAAAUCAAGAAAAACAUGGCAGUAGAUUCAUACAUAAAAUGUAUUAUACCACCUGAAGAUUAUAUAGCUGGUAAUGUUAUAGCUGGUAAUGUAACGGUGCUCCAUGCAGUCAUACUGGCCACAUGAUCUUGGAGACGUCUAUGGACAAUGCCAGCUCUUCAGCUUAGAAAAUGGAGAUGAGCACCAACCCUCAGAGUUGGACUCAACUAGACUUAAUGUCAGGGGAAAACCUUUACCUUUACCUUUAAUGUAGGAAUUAUAGUUCUGCAGCCAGUUUCCAUUAGGUUCUUGCCCAACUUCUGCUGUGUCACUUUGGCUUCCUAAAGAAUUGUUUUUUACUUUUCCCUCAAAAGAAACUACAAAGUGGACAAAGACUAAAGAAAGUGGAGCAAUAUGACAGGGGAAGAAGAGCCCUGCUUAGUAUGAUAUGGCAUAGUGAAAAGGCUUUUUAUCAGUAUAGUGAUCCCUCCAUAUCUACAGAUUUAACCUUCUGUGGAUUCAGCCUUCCACAGCUUGAAAAUUUAUAUAGAUUUUAAAAGAUUUCAAAAAGCAAACCUUUUUACUAUGCCAUUGUAUGUGAUGGGUCUUCAGCGGCUGGUCCUGGAUUCACGGCUGGUCCUGGAAUCAAAUCCUAGUGGAAAAUAAGGGUCCAAUGUAAUCAGAGUCCAAUAAAAAAGUUCCUCCCAAUUUGUUAUACCAUAUUUACACAUAGUUAAUUUUUUAUUUACGUAUUUUAGUUUUCCUUUUCAUUUCUCUGUUCUCGAGUUCUCUUAUUCAGCUGAAUAAGAUUCAGUUCAAAGAGAUUUGGACUUAUGCAUAAGGUACCAUUUUGGACAUGGCAAAUUACAGCAAAAGCCUCCUCGCAACCUCAAUCUUAUGGAAAUUAUUCCGGGCAGCUCUCCCCCCCCCCCCCCCAGUUUCUUAACACUUCUAAAACAGUUUCUUAAUAAAGCAUCACAGAGUCAUUCAAAUGAUGUAGACAGACCUCCUCCUGGAGAAAUUGGUCCAAGGCAUUGACAUUUCUGGCCCGUCCUCUGUUCUGUAUCAGCCAGCAAAUCAAUGCCUUAAAUCAAGAAAAGACUUUCUGAGCUCUACAGAGAUACUCACAGGAACACCUCAGCAAGUGAGAGUCCAAAAGUGGCAGGCUAAAUUCCAGAAUUUCAAUCCGUGGCUGAUACUGGAUGAGAAACUCCCCCCCCCCCCCCGGGCACACAGAAGACUGGGCAACUUGGAAGGCAUUAAACAGACUGCGCUCUGGCACCAUGAGAUUCAGAGCCAACCUUAAGAAAUGGGACUAUAAAGUGGAGUCCAUGACAUGUGGGUGUGGAGAAGAGCAAACUACAGACCACCUACUACAAUGCAGUCUGAGCCCUGCCACAUGUACAAUGGAGGACCCUCUUACAGCAAUACCAGAGGUAGUCCAAAGGAAAUUUAGUAUAAUGCCAAGUUUUUGUUUGUGUUUUUAAAAAAAAUAAAUUAUAACUGUAUUCUGAA